AUGACUGUGCUGGUGAGGCCACCUAAGGUCACCGAGUUGAGGUCACAGCACUCGCCGCCAACGCCACUACGCGGUGACGCGCGCCGGCCGAGACCACCCGGUACCACCUUGACCACCUUGCCCGUCGCCUCGCCGCUACCCUACACCUCCCCAUGGACACUUGCGAAAUCAGCAACAGCAGCAGUGGAUACGGUCACGAUGCCCGGGCCGCGACUGAUGACCGUUUCCGUGACUGUCACACUACCGAUUUCUCGAGUUUAA